CCUGUCAACUAAAGUUGUUGGUUUCUUACCUUCAUUUUAACUUGUUUUCUCCACUUUUACUUACGUCCGCAUCAACUGUCCGCUAUCGCAUAAAAUCAACAAACAGACUUUAUUUGUCACACAGCAAUGGUAAACUUUGCAGACAUUUCACAGAAUGCGCUGGAGACAUUCAAUAGUAGCAAACAUGUCGACGCAUCUGCUGUAUGGUUACAAUUCGCAGUAAUGACUGGCAUUUCAUUACUCACAAUCAUCGUAUUCUCUCUUCUCAGACCACGGAAUAAACUCGUAUACGCACCUAAAGCUAAGCAGUCUUUGGAAGCUAUCAAGCACCUCCCAGCACUCAAUGACAGCUUAUUCAGUUGGGUGAAACCAAUGUUCACAAUGAAAGAAUCUCAAUUAAUCGAUAAAAUUGGUCUAGAUGCGGUCACUUUCGUCCGCUUUCUCAGAUUACUAUGCGAGGUUUUUAUCUGUAUCGUUAUCAUUUGUUGCGGUGCGCUUAUCCCAGUAAAUAUGGUUUACAAUUAUAAAAACAUCAACGAAUCUGAUAGAACAUGGUUAGAUUCAACUACUAUUAUGGCCGUUGGUGGUCGUGUACUCUGGGCUCAUUGCGCCGCUUCUUAUGUCAUAGUUGCUGUCGUACUUUGGAGGAUUUGGGUGCACACCCGCGAAAUGGUAGCUUUGCGCAAUGAAUGGUUUAGAUCUGAGGAGUAUCAAACUAGUUUAUACGCUAGAACACUCAUGAUACAAAAUUUACCAAGAAAACUCAUGUCUGAUCAAGGUUUACUCUCUAUUCUCAAAAGCGAUCCUAAUUCAAUUUCAAAGAAGAAGAAACGCGCAAUUGACAUUCCUUAUGAGUUUAGCUCUACACACGUUUCGAGGAAAGUUGGUAAAUUACCAACCCUUAUAGAGAAACAUAAUGAUGCUGUCAGGAGACUCGAGCAAACACUUACGACUUACUUCAAAAAGGGUACUAUAAUGAACAGACCACGUCCACUUCAUAGAAUUGGUGGUUUUCUCUGUUUUGGUGGUCAGAAAGUUGAUGCUAUUUCAUACUAUACUGAAAAGAUAAAGCGUUACGAAAUGGAAAUAGAUUCAACUAGAAAUGAGCUGGACUUUAAAAGACCAGAUAAUUUUGGAUUUGCUUCCUUGGUUUCAAUUCCUGCAGCUCAUACUGUCGCACAAAAGUGUGAAAAUAAACAUCCACAUAAUACUACCAUACAGUUAGCACCAAAUCCAAAAGAUAUAAUCUGGAAAAAUCUCACUCACCCUCCUUCUAAGCUAAGUAAAUUAUGGGGAUGGCUCUUAUUGGCAUUUGUUUGCUUCCUUAAUACAAUUCCACUCAUUUUUAUCUCCUUCUUGGCUAAUAUUUCGGCAACUGCCGUUUACUUUCAAGGACUUAGAGAUUGGCAAAGCAGUUCACCAUGGACAUUCGCAAUUAUGGCUGGUAUACUUCCUCCAUUAGUCGCUGGUUUAUUUUCAUACUAUUUGCCAAUUAUCAUCAGAAAACUCACAGAAUUUAAAGGUGCUGCGACUGAAUCCAGAUUAGAUAGAGCAGUUAUUGCACGUUUAUUUGCAUUCUUGGUUAUAUCUCAACUUUUCAUCUUCACUUUGAUAAGUGUUGGAUUCCAUUUGAUAAGCGAUAUUGUUUCUCAAGUUAAAAAGCAAAAUAGCUUUGUUGACAUUGUCAAAUCUAUGACAACUCUUCCUGAAUCCAUCGAAAGUGCCUAUGUCAGUCAAAGUUCUUACUGGUUGAAGUGGUUCCCAUUGAGAGGUUUUCUUGUCUUCUUCGACCUUGCUCAACUUGGCAAUCUUAUUUUCAUCUUUGUUCGUACACACGUCUUUGGUAGAACACCAAGAGAUAUCAAGGAAUGGACACGCCCACCACCAUUUGAAUAUGCAGUUUACUACGCCUCUAUGCUCUUCAUGGCAUGUGUUGCAUUAAUUUAUGCACCAAUAGCGCCACUCGUUGCUGCUGCCGCUCUCAUCAUCUUCUUAAUCAGUGCUUUCGUUCAAAAGUACCAAUUAAUGUACGUAUUUAUCACGGAAGUUGAAACUGGUGGUCGUAUUUGGAAUGUUAUCAUGAACCGCUUGAUGUUUGGUUUAAUAGCGAUGCAAGCCAUUAUGUUAUUAUCACUUGGAUUGAAAAUGGGAUGGAGCGUCGGUAAAUGGGCAGCAGCAAUACCACCUAUUAUCGCAAUUGUGGUGUUUAAGUAUAUACUUAAUAGAAAGUUCUCAAAGCAGUUCAAUUACUAUCUUCCAGAUAAUGAGGAAGCAGCAACUAGUAAAGUUCACAACCAAAAGUCAGACGUUAAGAGAGGUAGACUUGCUAAAAGGUUCGGUCAUGCGGCUUUGCAUGCUGAUUUGUUUACUGUUCAAGUACACGAUAAACAUGUGCAUCUCCUUGAAGAAGUCUUACCUGAAUCAACUCACAAGACAAGCAACUUCAAAGACGAGAUUAUCGCUGAUGGUCUCAAAUAUGAGGCAGUUACUGAAGAGCAGCUUGAAGAACUUCCAAAUAGGGAUCGUGGUGAACUUGAUUGGGAUGUCAGAUCACUUACAUCAACUGUUUUACCAGGUAGUAUAGACAGACAUGGCGCGGGUACGCCAGGAUCUACGUAUAGUUAUUACCAAUCAACUGGACCAAGAAUACCAUUUGCUGGACACCCUAUGGGUAUGCCAUCAAUUACUGAAUCAUCAGAUUCAUUCCCACCACCACCACCACAUCCAAAUGAUUUCAAUGUUUCGACUGGAUCGUUACACAGAAUGGAAGAUAGUUUCGAUAAACCAUUAUUGGAUUCCAUGAAGAAAGGUACUGAUGCCUAUCAUUACAAUCAUGGAACGUACUCACCGGUUAAUUUGAAUGAGGAGGAAGAUGAAGAUAGAACACCAAGAAUUUCAAGCUUCGCGAGAGAAGAGAGUCAAGCUAGACGUAGGUAUAGCUUUGAAAGUACAGAUUCAUCAUCUGUAUAUUCUGCAUCGGAUGCACAUACCCGGUUAACAGUGACAAAUCAGAGUCCUGCACCAGAGUAUAGUGAAUAUCCUCCAGAGCAUUAGCAUUUUACUUUAUCCUUUUCUAGUUGUAACGAUUUAAAUUAUUUGAGACAAAAUAAACAUACGCCGAAUUCGGAAAUUAAGAUUAGCGAGUGUCGGAAGAAUUAGGAAGUAAUUGAAUCGAUUUUGGUAUUAAACUAACUAAUUGUCAAUUAUUGACUGACAGGCGUGUCAUAACUUCAUUGUAGAGAACGCCCAU